AUUUUAUCUACAAGUUACAGUUAAAUUGAUUGUAAUAUUAAGAACUGUUAUUACAAGCUCUGCAAUCAAUACAAAGUAAUAGAAUGCUCCAACCUGUCCAAUCUUACAAUUGAUCUUAGUUCACCCUAUGUUUGUGGUGCUUUAUAUUUAUUGAACAGAAGAACCCUGGCUCUGGAGUACCCCUAUCCUGUACAUUUGAAUGGUUUCCCUGCUCUAACACACACACUUCAACUCAGGAACACCUGUUAACUAGCUGAUCAGUUCAGUCAGGUGUGUUGGGUGCAGUUAAACACUCAACUCUGUGAGACUCCAGUACCAGGCUAGGGAAUUUAUGCUUUAUGGUACUCGUAUUUGUGCGAUUUCCGGAUUAUUUUCUCUUGUCGCCUUCGUUCGAGUCACUUAUCGUUCGUCUUUUCAGGCCUGACUCGGUUCGCGAGUCCAUACCCGUCCCCUCGGUUCGAGGCGCUCGGUGAUCGUCUCCCUGCGCCUGAGAACGCUUGGGAACAUGGCGUCAGACGGAAUGAGUUUAACUAACCACGACCACCAAAUUCGAGUUGGGAUAUUGACAGUAAGUGACAGCUGUUUCAGAAACCUUGCUGAUGACCGAAGUGGCUUCAACCUUAAAGAUCUUGUUCAUGACCCGUCCUUGCUUGGAGGAAUAGUAUCUGCAUACAAAAUAGUACCUGAUGAGAGAGAUUUUAUCAAGGAGACUCUAGUGGACUGGUGUGAUGAGAAAGAGCUUAACCUUAUCUUGACCACUGGUGGAACUGGCUUUGCUCCUCGUGAUGUCACACCAGAGGCCACAAGGGAAGUGAUUGAGCGUGAAGCUCCAGGGAUGGCCCUUGCCAUGCUCAUGGGCUCGUUAAAUGUCACACCUCUUGGCAUGCUGUCCAGACCUGUAUGCGGCAUCAGAGGCAAAACUCUCAUCAUUAAUCUACCUGGCAGCAAGAAAGGCUCACAGGAGUGCUUCCAGUUCAUCUUGCCUGCCCUGCCUCAUGCCAUCGACCUUCUGCGUGAUGCUAUAGUGAAAGUGAAGGAGGUUCACAAUGCGCUGGAGGACCUGCCCUCACCCCCACCACCCCUGUCACCUCCCCCUGUCACCAGCCCACAUAAGCAGACUGAGGACAAGGGUAUUCAGUGCGAGGAGGAAGAGGAGGAAAAGAAGGACAGUGGAGUUGCCUCGACCGAGGAUAGUGGCUCCUCACAUAUCACAGCAGCAGCUAUUGCUGCAAAGAGUGUGUUCCAUCCCACCCAUGCUGUUGUCAUGGCCAAAGGUGGGCAGCCGUUGACUUGCUUCGUCCCUCCUACCACCCUUCCCUCUCAUUUCACCUGCUCCUGUGGAGACCAGAUUCCAGAUGCCAUUAUUUCCCGGGGUGUUCAGGUGUUGCCACGGGACACAGCCUCUCUCAGUACCACCCCCUCAGAGUCUCCCCGUGCUCAGCAGUCCCGCCUGUCCACUGCCUCCUGCCCCACUCCCAAAGCAUCACGGAGAGAGUUCAGGGCACACUUGGAUGAGGUCAUCACACUCGAGUCAAGGUACUCUACCUUGGACCAGGUACAGUCACGGUGUGGCAGCAAAGAGAACAUCCUAAGAUCAAGUCAUAGUGCAGUAGACAUCACAAAGGUGGCACAGAGACACCGCAUGUCCCCUUUCCCCCUUACUUCCAUGGACAAGGCCUUCAUCACUGUGCUGGAGAUGACUCCUGUUCUUGGUACUGAGAUCAUCAACUAUAGAGAUGGAAUGGGUCGAGUUUUAGCUCAGGAUGUCUAUGCCAAAGACAAUCUGCCUCCUUUUCCAGCUUCGGUGAAAGAUGGCUAUGCUGUUCGAGCUGCUGAUGGCCCAGGAGAUCGAUUUCUCAUUGGGGAGUCCCAGGCUGGAGAGCAGCCUACUCGCACAGUGAUGCCAGGCCAGGUAAUGAGGGUGACGACAGGAGCUCCUAUCCCAUGUGGAGCAGAUGCUGUAGUUCAAGUGGAGGAUACAGAGUUACUGCAAGAGUCUGAAGACGGCACAGAGGAAUUGGAGGUGCGGAUUCUGGUACAGGCACGCCCAGGCCAGGACAUUAGGCCAAUUGGUCAUGACCUAAAGCGUGGUGAGUGUGUGCUGGCCAAAGGAACACACAUGGGCCCAUCUGAAAUUGGCCUGUUGGCCACUGUGGGAAUCACAGAGGUAGAAGUGCACAAGUUCCCUGUUGUGGCAGUCAUGUCCACUGGCAAUGAAUUGUUGAAUCCUGAAGAUGACCUCCACCCAGGGAAGAUCAGGGACAGUAACCGCUCCACACUGCUGGCUACCAUCCAAGAACAUGGCUAUCCCACGAUUAACCUUGGAAUUGUUGGAGACAACCCAGAUGACCUGUUGAAUGCCCUGAAUGAGGGAAUAAGUCAUGCAGAUGUUAUCAUCACAUCUGGAGGAGUGUCUAUGGGAGAGAAGGACUACUUGAAGCAGGUUCUGGACAUUGACCUCCAUGCCCAAAUCCACUUUGGUCGGGUGUUUAUGAAGCCAGGCCUUCCCACUACAUUUGCUACCUUAGACCUGGAUGGCGCACGGAAGCUCAUAUUUGCCCUGCCAGGUUUCUAUGGGGUGGAAAAGUGAAGGGAGGAGGAGAACAGCGGUGGGGGAGGAGCAUAUGAUUGUAAUGCCAGCUGAAGCGAAAAUAUCCUGUGCAGCCGCUUCAAUCAGGUUUGUUUUCAAUAAUUCAAAAGAUGUUAAUUAUAACGUUCAAUGAAAAGGAAAGACUAUUUUCAGAAGUAUCUACUGUAAUACACUUCAUCAGAUAAUGAUUUAUCAGGAAAAUUUUACAGGGGCACAGCAAAAUUUUACUCGUGCUUGCGCCCCAGUAAAAAUGGUCUAGCAACGCAACCGAGUUCUGAUGAUACAAGCUUGACAUGCUUGGAUUUUAUGAUCUUCUCGGCUCUGUCAAGCUGGGAAGCAUCACGUUACCACCAUUUUUCAGUCUAUUCAGAGAUGUUGAAUUGGGUUCAUUGGUUCUCUUUGUGUUUUCAGCGACUCCCAUAACCGGCGCGAGAGAGCGUAAUAUAGCUGGUGGUGCUUGCGAGACACGCAGAUACACAUACUCAUACACACACAGCCGAGUGUGAACUUGACUGAGUGAAAGCUCAGAGUCUGAUACGGACUCGUUUCUGUUUUGUUGAGUUUUUUUAAACUGCGCUACAAAGUGCACUCUGAAUAAACGCAAGCCUGGAGCUUGGCUAAAAUUGCGCCUACCCCCAUCAUUCAAUGAUGAUCAUUGAUGUUUGAGGGUGUUGGUUUUUACCACAGCUCUCUUAAGAUCCUGCCACAGUUUCUCAGUGGUGUUGAGGUCUGGAAUUUGACUUGGCCAUUCCAACACCUUUUUUUUCUUUUUCUUUUUUAGUCAUUCAGAUGUUGAUUUGCUGGUUUUCUUGGGAUAACUGUGAUUGCAUGAUCCAAUUUUGACCCAUCUUAAGCUGCUGGACAUAAGGCCUUGUUUGUCUCAAGAAUAUUCUUAUAUAAAGUGGAGUUCAUUACUGUAUCAAUGAAUGCAAUUUUCCCAGGUCCUGUGGAUCACCCCUGCACCACAUUGCUUGACCGUUGGUAUGAAUUAUUUGUGGUUAUAGACUCUGUUUGGUUUUUUCCAAACAUGGAGCUAUGCAUGGUGACCAAACAUCUCCACCUUGGUCUCAUUGAUCUAAAGGAUAUUGUUCCAGAAGGUUUGUGGUUUGUUCAGCUGCAAUUUUGCAAACGUAAGCCAUACUGCCAUAUUCUUUUUGGAGAGAAGGUACUUUUACCUAGUCAACAUUCCUUGAAAGCCAUACUUGUUCAGUCUUUUUGUGAUUGUGCUUUCAUGAUCAUUUAAUGUGCUUACAGAGGCCUGCAGAUCACAUGUAGCAGCUAUUGGGUUUUUCUUUAUAUUUCUGAGCAUUAAACAGUCUGUCCUUGGACUGAAUUUGCUGGGAUGCCCACUCCUGGAAAGAUUGGCAACUGUCUUGAAGGCUCUCCAUUUGUAAACAGUCCUUCUCACUAUAGAAUGGUGGCUUUUAAAUUGUUUGAAGAUGGCCUUAUACCCCUUCCCAGAUUGAUGGGCCGCAGCAGAUGCUUGUCUGAGGUCAUCCUUUCGUCUUGGAGCAAAAUGUAGACACACACCUGAUUGUUCCAGAACUACAAACUGCCAAAAAAAAAAAAAAAGUAGUCACACUUGAUGAUUGACUAAUUUUGUGCAUUUCUUUAGUAACACCUGGCUGCUAAUUACUCUCUUAAUGACUGUGAAAUUAGGAAGGGUGUACUCUACUUAUUUUUCCCAUCUGAUUUCUGAAUGUUGGCUUACUUUUUGGGGAAAAAAUUACUACAUAUUGAAAUCUGUUUUUGUUUUGUCACCUGAGGUUAUUUGUUUGCUUACAGAAGUUAGUGAGGACCACACAAUUGUUAUUUAGGCCCUGAUAAAUUUUAAAAAAAAAAUAGAAUUGAAGGAGGGUGUACUUUCUUUUUCCAUGAUUGUAUAUAAACCUGUUUAUGCUGUUCAUUUUGAAGUAAAUUUAGAUAUAUCGGGACAGUUUGAGUUUCCAAUCUGUCUAAGCUUGCUUGUCAUUAAUAAAACAUAAUGCCCAACACAUGACAUAUUUUGGAAGUCCUCUAGGUGUUGACUAUUACCUGUAAAGGAAAAAUGGUUCUAUUAUACUCUCUAAGAAGUAUGUAGAAUAAGAAGCAUGGCCUACCCAUUUUUCACGACUGAAUGACUUUUUUUUUUUAACUAAAUGCUUGCUAAUUUGGAACCGCGUGUUUGGUAAUUUGGGACACACAUUUUCAUUGGUUUACAUCCUUAUUUUCAGCAGUAAUGUUUAAAAUGCUAUUUAUUUGUAGCAUACUUUUCCGUGGCAUCAAAUAAAUAAAAUUUUAACAACUGUGCCUGAAAUGUGCAUUCUGAUUUCAUGUUGUUUUAUGUGUGCAACUUUAAAUACUCAACAAACAUUAAUGACAACACAACCUAUUUCUGUCUUUAAUGAUAGCAACUUUUAAGCUGACUAAAAUUUGAACUAGCUACUUAGCAACUCAACAGUUGCCUAGCAAUGGUCAUGGUGAAAUCAACAUCAACCUUGUAUGACUGGCUGAUUUAGGGUUCCCAGGUCUAUCAGGUAGAAUGUCAUUGUGUUUCAUACUACAUCUUCUAACGUGGAAAUGUUUAGCCUGAGAAGUCUGGGAUGUGACACUGAGAAUUGGAUGUCCUAAAAAACCAGCUGGGAAACUAAAGGCCUAUAGGCCAAAUUUGGCCUGCUGUCUCAUUUAAUUUGGCCAUUGUAAUAUUUCAAAAUAUUACUAUAUUCUAUUAUAUACUACUCAAUAUUUUCACACUAGAUCUAGAGAUUUCACAUAGACCCAUAGCAUAGCUAUCUUGCUUGUUCUGUGCACAACACUGUACAGUGCACAUUCUUGUAUGUCACAGUGUUGAAAUGCAAUUUCACUUAUCUCUCUGCUUGGUUUAAUGCAAGUGGAAAAAUUAUUCAGAAACAUGUUGGGUGUUGGUUUUUGAUGUGAUUCAGUGAUCAACUCCAAAUCCCAAAAUGUAUCAACCUACAAAUAUUUUAAAACAAAUAAAGUUGAUGGAGAGCAAAGGCAAGAGAGAUGAGAGAUAAGGACAUGUAUGUUCUUAACAGAGAUAGGCCCAUGCGAGUUCUCCUUCAACCUCUUAAUUAACUAUAUUUUUUCCAGAUAUUUGGGAAAUACAUACAUGUUAAUAUCUUUAAUCGAUUUAAAAAAUGACCUAAUGCUUUAUACAGUUGAACAAUCUCUGUUAGUCUUUUUUCCCCUUUUUGUCUUAUUGUACUUUCAUAGUACUAUUGUUAUUCAAUAGAAUAUAUAAUACAUUAGGAAAAAAUAAUAUCUUUAGUUUAUGGCCCUUCAGAGGCUCAC